UCCAUACACAGCCUCCUUACUCGCUCAUUCGCUAGGAGAUCCUGUGAGGAGCAGGAUGUUCUCGUGCUGUUUUCGAACCUCUGGGGGCCCCAGGCUGAGGACAGCGCGCCCUACUAGCAGUGCCCCUCGUGGGGGGUGUCCUGUCAGGGCUCACCGGCGCCUCUGGCCAUUUGGCAGAAGGGGUCGAAAGAGCACCACAGAAGAUGUUGGAAGGAGGCUCGCGGACACCAGGUCCCACCUCCCUCCAGUGGUACAGUUGUGCCCCGCCGCCCAGCAGAGCCAGCGUGGACGCAGGGACAAAGUAUCAACAGAACCAUCUCCAGGGGCAGGUACCCAGGACUGCCUGGAAAGGCCCCUGACCUCGCCCAGGCCACAGUUCCUGUACCUCCUACAUUUCACAGAUCCAGAACCUGUCCCUGUUACAGUUGAUGCCAGUGCUCCUGACCGAGAGACUGACCCAUAUUCUGAUGGAGACCUUUGCCUUGACCCCUCUCCUGACCCUGCUGUUGCCCCUGCAACAGCUCCUGCCACUGAUGCUGCCCCUCUACUCGUUCCUGCUCUUGACCCUGACCCUGCGCCAGCUCCUGACCCUGAGCCUGACCAUGACCCUGCUCCUGACCCUGAUCCUGAAAGUGACCAGGACUCUGCUCCUGACCCUAUCCCUCCUUCUGAUCUGGACCCUGGCUUUGCUUCUGCCCCUGACCCUGCUCCUGACUCUGCUCCUGCUUCUGUCCUUAUCCCUUCCCUUGCUCCUGAUCCUGCCCCUUCCCCUGCUCCCGACUCUGACCCUGACCAUGCUCCUGUUUAUGACACUGACCCUGACCCUGCUACUGCCCCCGCCCCUUACGCUGACCCUUCUCCUUCCCCACCUCUGCCACUGCUCCUGCCCCUGCCCCUGCCCCUGCCCCUCCUCCUGCUCAGCUCCCAGAGGGCUCCCAGGAGCCCAUAGCUCUUUGAAGAUAAUUGCUUGUACAAUUACCCUUCAUUCCAUCACCUGACCCCAAUCUCCCACCCGCAUGUGUCAUCCCCUCACCUUAUAUUCUUUCUAGUAUCUAUUCACUGUGUUUGUAUCUUUACACAUUCUGUAUGGCAUAUACUAUUUCUUUUAAAUAA